CUUCAUACAGGUGUGGACUUGAUGUCACAUUAGUGUUGUUCCAAAUUCCUCCCAUCAUUCUAAAUAUACAGAGGACCCCUCUUUCUGACAUUUUACUCCUGUUAGAGCAGAGAAAUUACACCAUGUCUUAUUGCACCUUAUUCCUCCUAUACUUGUUCACAAUUCUUGAAUAUUCACAUGCACUUGAUUCAUCCAUACAAGUAACUUCUGGAGUGUUUAUGACGACAGAAACCAAUCUGGAUUAUGUGAACGCUACAACGAUCUGCAAAAACUAUGAUAAUUCAACACUUGCCAGUCUGGAUAACGUUCAGGCGGCAUUAAAGAAUUGGUAUGAGGCAUGCAGGUGGGGCUGGAUACAGGAAGAGAAUCUUGUGAUGCUUCGUAUCACAAUGUCUCCAAACUGUUCCAACAACAGCCUGGGUCUUAUCACUAAGAACUGUGUAACUCGGAAAUCAGACUAUACAUAUUGCAUCAAGAAUGGAGUGUCCAAUUUGCUGUACGACGCCUUCUUAGAAGGACCAAACUCAAACUUCACAGAAGCCACUCUCACUUGCCUUAUGAAUGGCGAUACCGUUCCCACACUGAGUGCAAUUCAGACUACAAGUAACCGCAAUAUAACAUUUAACAGAUAUUCUUGGUACAAUUGGGGAGUUGGUUUAAUUGAUAUAAAUGGGACAUUUCAAUACAUGCCAUGUUAUUAUGGGAGCCAAGCUGGGGCAUUCUGCUACAACCCAAACUUGCCAGACACCAUCAAAUCAACAAAUGACACAACCUUGAAGAGAAUCGUCAUGGGAUGCAUUCUUGGAUCCAUAUUUAUUAUCUUGCUAUUUGCUGGCGUAUUCAUGAAAGGGAAUCGGUUUAUUUGUUGCGUAAAAGAAAAACCCAUGGACCAUACAGAUGUCCCACCAGAAAUUACAGUCCCAUCACCCACAUGGAACAAAACUAGUUCCUAUACACCACUUCGAAAAGACUCAAGGUACAUCAAUUUAACUGGCGUUGCCAUCGACAAGCGCCCACCGGUCAUCCGCCCAGAUAUAGUCUACCAAGUCCAUAUGUAUGAUAAUACUGGCUAUGACAGAACUGGGGAUGAAUAACGAGAGAAUGGAAAGUGGUUGGACUGUGCUACAAUACCCCAAAAAAGAGAAUAGGUUUCAUUUGUGCAGAAAUCUAAAUGGGCACCACUAAAUAAUUAUAUUUAUUUCUUAUACUUUGGAGUAGGCAAGUACUAUGAUAAUUUACCCAGCCUCAUCCAAACAGGCAACGGGUAUUAUCGAUGACCUGCUACCUCAUGAAAAGGAGGGAGUUUUGUGUAAAUUCCAUGGAAAUGUUCAAUUAAUUGUCUUGAAGGAUUUUUAAU